UCCGGUUUGCAGCGACAGUCAUGGCGGCGCCCUUAGCGAUACAUUUGGAAUUCGGAGGAGGAGCGGAACUCCUGUUUGAUGGAGUCAAGGAUCAUCAUGUGACGCUUCCUGGCCAAUCGGAACCCUGGGACAUGAAGCAGCUGCUGGCUUGGAUACAGAAGAACCUGCUAAAGGAAAGACCUGAGCUCUUUGUACAGGGAGAUACUGUGAGACCUGGUAUUCUUGUAUUGAUCAACGACGCAGACUGGGAACUGAUGGGUGAAUUGGAGUACCACAUUCAGGACCAGGACAACAUAGUCUUCAUCUCCACACUACAUGGAGGUUAACUGACAAAAACUGGCUAAAAAGGCGCUACAAGCAGAUACGUGCAUUCCUGAUGCUUCACGCCACCCAUCCUCCAUCCACCAACGGCUCCCAAACCAAUCCGAUAAGCCCAUGGUCACUUGUUUUGAUUUUGAGCUCCUAUAAAACGUGGCGUCAGCGGAGCGUGGGCUCAGACAUAAGCGUCCACUUUCUACUCUACCUGGCCUUAGCUCAAUAAAUGGGGUCAGACUUGGCGUGUUCAGAGGUCAUCCUGUCUAGCCACCAUCCAGAUGGAUUCUCCAGGGACACAGACCAAUCACUCUCCCUCCCAUGUCAAAUAAGCUAAAUUAUCAUUUUCAUUUGUUUACGCCCAGACACCCCAAGAACGACGCCUCUUUAUUUUUUAUUAAUGUUUUUACUUUUCAUUUGUUAAAAUAAAUAUGAUUGGUUGCUUUUUAA